UGUGGGGUCGCAUGUGGACAGAACGAUCCGCAGCUCGCUCACCGAAUCUCCCGGAGGACUCACAGCGGCAGCAGCGACAGCAUCAUGUCGGUCGACAGCGUGUUCAGGACCCGCUCCCUCGGGGUGGCCGCCGAGGGUCUCCCUGACCAGUACGCCGACGGCAAAGCGGCCAAAGUGUGGCAGCUGUACAUCGGAGACACGCAGAGCCGGACGCAGGAGUACAAGAGCUGGGUGGUGUCCCUGCUAAAGCAGCAGGGGGUGCGGAGGGUGCUGGAUGUCGCCUGCGGAACCGGAGUGGACUCCAUCAUGCUGGUGGAGGAGGGCUUCAAUAUGGUGAGUGUGGAUGCCAGUGACAAAAUGCUGAAGUACGCGCUGAAGGCAAGAUGGGACAGAAGAAAAGAGCAAGCUUUUGAUCAGUGGGUUAUUGAAGAGGCCAACUGGCUGUCGUUAUCAGAAGAUAUUCAGAAACCAGGGGAUGGUUUCGACGCGGUCAUCUGCCUGGGCAACUCAUUUGCCCAUUUGCCAGACUUUAAAGGGGACCAGAGUGACCAGCAGCUGGCCCUUCAGAACAUCGCCAGUAUGGUCAGACCAGGUGGGAUCCUCAUCAUUGACCAUCGUAACUACGACUACAUCCUUGAGACUGGGAAGGCGCCACAAGGCAAAAACAUUUACUACAAGAGUGAUCUCACUCAGGACAUCUCCACCUCAGUGCUGUGGGUCAACAGUAAGCCUCAUAUGAUCACUCUGGAUUACACCAUCCAAGUGCCCCAGGCCACCGAACAGAAUCUCCCUGAAGUCAGUAAAUUUCGUCUGUCCUACUACCCUCACCGUCUGGAGAACUUCAAAGGGCUGCUGACCAAGGCCUUCAACGGCAAAAUGGAGCACAGCGUCUACGGAGACUUCAAGACAUAUGUCCCCGGCCAGACCCAGGCUCCAUGCUACUUCAUCCACGUCUGUAAGAAGACAGCCUGAGAGCCCUGCCAACCAAAAACACACACACACGCACGCAAACACACGCACGCUGGUAGAAGUAAUAAAGCUUCCCGCCUCCUGUAAGUCCCAACAUGCUCUUACAGUAAAAAUUAGUUUUAAAAAGAUGUCAUCAUCUUAUAGUUCUUGAAAAGGAAGCAGUUCUGUUUUGUCACUGACAACGAGGCUAAAAUAUUGGGUAACAACCCAACUCAACAAAUAGUCUGAAUAAGACACUACCGUAACCAGCAUUUUACGAUUACCUUAACCCGAAUAAAGUCAUUCUCGGAAUAAGUAAUCUUUGAAUUAAGAUAUGGAGUAUUCCAUCCUUAGUCACAUUAUCUAGACAUGUAUACAUCUUGAUUGCAGUAUAACGUCUUAUUGGAGUUUUCACAGCAUUUUGCGACAUCAACAUUUGUAGCUAUUGCAAAAAUAGAAAGGAAACACCUAAAAUGGUAACAAACGGUAGCACUGUACAUUAAACUAUUAUGUAUUGAAUAUUUUAUGAGUGACUCAGGUCAACAUGAAAAUCAAAGUAAUGUCUUAUUCAGACUAAGGUGAAUUUCCAGAAUUUAGGUGUCCGUGUAAACUGCGUCAGAUUGAACAGGUUCCUGAUAGACUGUGCAUUAUUAUUGUAAAAAUAAUAAGAUUGGCCCUUCAAGGAAAUGUAUCAGUACAUUUAACGACCUUGAAAUUUGUUAAUCAUAGUUUGUCUAUUGCACAAGUUUUCAUUUUCUCAUCAGUUUCAAAUGUUGACGCUAAACUGUCAGAGCAGCAGUGCCUAGUUGAUUUUCAUUUCAUUAUGUUUGUACAGCACAAGCGGACACAUCCUGUAACUGUCUAAAAUGUAUCGGACCACUGUUUUCGUCCAGAUGUUGUAUUUUCUCAGCAUGCUGUGCUGUGUCUGCUGUGGCAUUUCCCCCAUUUCCGUUUCCCCUCCGUUUCUUGCCCUUCACAUCUUUGAUAUUGAAAAUUAACAUUAUUUCUAAAUGGUGCUGUACAUCAGUGAUAUUCCUCAUGAUGGAAUACUUUGCUUUUUGUUGCAGAUCAUGUUCUAAGAUUCACCACAUGCUUAGUCAUUUGUAUUCUGAGUUCAUCACAAGCGUCUUAAAAACACAGAUGCAGCCUUUAUCGUGAAGCUGAUUUCAUUCUGUCCUGCUGCCUCUCAUUGACAGGCACAGCACGACAGCAGUUUGAAUCUAUCAAGUGAAUGGCCUGAUCCUGUUUUAUAACAGCUCCAACAGCCUUCAGUUCAUUUGUUCAGUGAAUAAUCACUGAUGUCAGGGUGCAGCCAGCAAGGCCUGUGACUCACAUCAGUAUUAACAUCCGUCCUGAGAGCGGCGAUCACAAGUGGUCAGCGCUAAGUUUCAGGGGUAAACACCCCAAUGUUCUGAGAUCUGAUCACGCCCACCAAAUUCGGAGGUGGUCUGUGGCCACUGUGAGAAUGUAAGUGUGUCCUCCGUCUACGACUUGUUUCCCAAGUCCCAAUAUCAACACUGAUAAACAGAUAAUGACUCAUAUUCUUCUUAAAUUCAAAAAAUCUUGACUCCACUCGCUUUCUCUAUCGAUCUCGAUGUCUGUCUCUUGCUAUUACUGACACACACUCAAACUGGGUAAGAACAACACAAUUUGGUCUCCGCAAACAUAAAUCACGUACAUUUUUAUUUGAAUAUACAGCAGGGACGUGAGAUCUGAUCUUAAGUGGUGAUGAGACAUUAAGGACACAUUUUAGUGUCAGGUAUGAACAGACAACGCUGUUCACUUGUGAGCAGAUCUCUCAGGAUGAAAGUUAUACCUGGUCUUAAAAGAGCCUUGGAGAACUCGGACAGAAUGGAGAGUGUGCGUCAGUCAAUCAUUCGAAAUCCUCCUUCCUGAAGUCAUUUAUCUCCUCACUCAACCCUGAACAGCUCCAAAGCUAUUUGACCUCUCUAGCUCAGGAAAAGUUUUCACGAACCCCUGCUUCUCAAGAUUGAACAGAAGUUACGCUAAGUGAAUCAUUUCAGGCUUUUUCCCUGAUUCUUUAUUUUCUUCAUAUUUUUUUCUUUUAUUUUGUCAACUGUACAUUGUUUGAGUCAGACACAUUUUCCCAUUUUCUGGUUGUUACUUGCAAUGGACCAGCAGUGAGUCUCUUUUAGGUAAAAAACUAAUCGGAAGACCUAUUGAGGAUUCAUCCAGAACCACUAACAGAAUCAUUUCAGGAAGACUCAGUUGGGUUUAGUAGCUGGUCAAACCUUAAAACAUUUUAUAAACCAAAGAUUUAUUUUUUCUUUAUCUUGUAAUUUGGGUUUUUGAAAUGAAGAAAAAAACUUGUGUGUUACAGACAUAUUUUGCAGCGUCUCAAAUAAUUGAGUUUACCCAAAUAAUGAGGGGGAACAUGAUGGAAGAAUAAUUUAUUUAGUUGUGUUAUUUAGGUUCAAAAAUGUUUUGCGUUGAUACUAAAUUUAGAUUUAGAAAGAAAAGUCAAAUAUUAUCACUGCCUUUGACUUUGCUGUGUGAGAUAGUUUGUGAUUGAGUUGAGAUUAACAGCUUCAGAAUGUGGUGAGAGUGGCUGAAUGUUUGAGUUGGCUCAUGUAUAAAUAAAAC